GAUUCCUGCAUUCUGUAGUAGAAAUAUGACCACUUUUCAAUUAGCCCACACAAGAUCUUUUGGCAGCACCUCAAUAUAUAUUAAUUUAGAUGAACAGAGGUCUAUUGUAAAUUACGUUUACGGCUUUUCGUCUGAUUCAUUUAGUUAUAUAGCUACUGUACAAAGAGCAAACACAUCAUCAGAUCUGUACAUCACAAAGUUGAUCCGUGUCUGUCAAAAUGAUAAAACUUUCAAAUCUUAUACAGAGGUUGAACUUAUAUGUAAAUAUAACAGCGCUAAAUAUAAUUUGCUACAAGCUGCCCGCAUAGCAAAACCUGGGAAAUCUUUGGCAAAGGCUCUCGGUAUAUCAGUGUCGAAAGAUGUUCUCUUUGCUACAUUUUCACAAGGCAAAUAUGGAACAACCGAUGCAGUAAAUGCUACAGCUGUUUGUAUAUAUUCUUUAUAUACAAUUAAAAAGAUUUUUACACAUAAUAUACAGAGUUGUUUCGAUGGACUUGGAAAUACAGGACCAGAUCAUUUAACGGAUAGAACAUCAUGUAAGCGAACAGCUUUUUCAGAAAUAAGAUCAGAUUACUGUGGAAAUUUUGACUUUAAUUACCCAAUUGAUGGGUUAGAACCAAUAUCAGCAAAAGCAGCUCUGAUACUGAACACCAAAGUAUCUUCCAUCACAGUUGGCGUAUUACAUGAUUACACCGUAGGGUUUAUAGGUACACAAGAUGGACAUAUCAUAAAGGUAAUAACAUUGUAA